AUGAAUAAUUAAAAGCUCAUCAACAAUACGUAUAUAACAAAAAGAAGAAUAUCUUCUGGUUCUUUUGGAGUUGUUUAUUUAGGACAAGAUAUAAAUACACGAAAUUUUGUAGCAAUAAAAGUUGAUAAAGAAAGCAAAGAGGAAUCUAGUCUUUUAAGAGAAGUAAAAAAAUAUGAUAAUUUUACUAGGCAGAAAUUUUAAGAAGACUUUAACAUUUAAAACAUAUUCCUAAAUUAUAUUGGUUUGGAAGAGAAGGGGAUUUAACAUAUUUAGUUAUUUAAUAUUUAGGUAGAGAUUUAACUCAUUAUAUAAAAACUUUUCGAAAAUUUUCAUUAAAAUGUGUUCUUAAUAUUGCAGAAUAAAUGAUAAUCAUUUUAGAAAGUUUACAUAAACAGUAAUAAUAUUAACUAUUUAUUUUAAAGUAAUGUGAUUCAUAGAGAUAUAAAGCCAGAGAAUAUCUUGGUUGGCAAAGAAGAUGAAGAAAAUUAACUUUUCAUUGUAGACUUUGGGAUAAGUAAAUUUUAUAAAGAUGAAAAUGAAUCUCAUAUGUAAUUAAAUAUAUUAUUACACUAUAUAGUUCUCUAAGAGAGAAGUAACCUUUUAUCGGAACCACUAGAUAUGCAAGUGUUAAUGCUCAUAAAGGCUUAUCUUUGAGUAGAAGAGAUGAUAUGGAAUCCUUAGGUUACAUGUUGAUCUAUUUGCUUAAAGGUAUUCAAGCAAAUUUUAAUUUUAUAGGUUAACUUCCAUGGUAAAAUCUUUAGUUUACUUCUGAAGAUGAUAAAAUCAAUUAAGUUGGUCAUUUUAAAAUUAAAAUAGACAUAAAUGAAUUAUGUUAAGGAUUGCCUAUAGAGUUUGCUAGAUAUUUUGAUUAUGUUAAAGGAUUACCAUUUAAAUCAGAACCAAAUUAUAAAUAUUGUUUAUCAUUUUUCAGAAAGAUUUCAAAUGAACAUAAUUAUUUAUCUAAAGAACUCAUUUUUGAUUGGAUAAUCUCUUAAAAAACUGAUAGAGAUGGAUAUUCAUCCAGUAGCAAUUUGCUUAAUAGCAAACCGUCGUUGUAAUAAUUGAUUUUUAUUCUUAGAUUCAAAAAAUCAAAAGAAGAUUUGUCCUCAUGUAAUAAUAUUUAAAGUUCAUAAUUAAACUAAUCUAUAGAAUAUGAAAUGAAUUCAUUACUUAAAAUGCCUGAUAAAAAAAGAUCUACUCUCAAUCCAGAAGUCAAUCAUAAAAAACACAGACUAUAGUCUAUAAGCAGUAAUAAUGAAACUAUCUCUGAUAAUGAUUUCAAUAAUAGUAUCAUGAUUGGCAUAUAACCCAGUAUCUUGAGUAGAUUAAGUAGGAUUUCUUUUAAUUCAAACUCAAAGUUUUAAAAUAGUAAAUCUAAUGCUUCUUAAAAACCAAAUAUUCAUUAAUUUGAUCAUCUCAUCUCCAUUUCUCCUGAUUCUAAUUUAGAAAAUUUAUUAAGUGAAUAAUAAAAAAAAUCACAACUCAGUCAAUCCUUUAAUUAAUAGAGGAAAGAUGAUGAUACAACUAUAGAACUUCAGAAAAUGAAUGAAGGAGAUGAAGGUAUAGAGUCAAAAUAUACCUAGCUUAAACUUCUCUUUGUUAGAGCGUAUGUAAAUUUUUUAUCUUAUGUAGUCGCUUUAAACUUGGAUUAAACAAUAACCUAAAAUGA